AUGGCAAGAACAACGACCAGGUCAACCGUGACGGCGGCGCUUCAGCAACCUUUGCAACGCAAACGCAAGCGAAACUCGUCCCCAGGUCAAACAACCGUCUCAAAACUCCAGAAAACCGAUGACAACGACCACAUUCAUCACGAUGUCUUUCUCCCAGAGCAAGACGCGCAAAAGAUUCUAGAGAUUCUGGAACUUAAAGACACACAGGGCCUUCUUGACCGCGUUUUUCCUUCUCCCAAUGCUCCAGAUGCCCUAGUCUCGCUAAGAACGCUCCUCAAACAUCCAACAGAGCACCCGUUGCCAACAAUCAAAUCCGCUGUUACCAAUCUCCAUCCAAUAUCUUCCUUGCCCAGGUCUCGUCCAUCUACCGCAGCGUCACAGCAACUCGCUUUCGCCAAUCUUGCGCACACACUCAUUGAACAAGCAUCAAGGAAUGCUAUUUCACCACCUCUUGAUGUGGAAUCCAUUCUUGAAACUGUUAAUGAGGAAGAAACUCCACCCUCAAAGCCCGCUGCCACCGACGUCAGGCGGAAAUACGCCCUAGUCCAACACCUACCCCAAGGCGAUUACUGGACGUCACUCAGCUCGGAAGCAAGCGCUGCGGCGUUGAAACAACUACCAACAGGCCAUGCCGAACUCGUCGCCAUCUUACCUUCUUCAUCAUCCACUUCGGUUGACUCGGUUCCAACACUCGGUUCUGUUUCUUCUCGCCCUCUAGGCCCGACCAAGAAAAUUGCAGGACAGCGCCGCGUGACAACCGGAGGAUUCUUGGAUUAUGGUCCAUUUGCGAGUUUUGCUCCAUGUUUUGAUCAUAAUGGAGAAGUUGUGGGUCAACGACAGUUAGCAGAAGUCAUCUACCAACAGGAGGUCAAGAGGCGACUGGUGGAGGAGGAACUGAGAGAGGAGAGGGAAGGGAAGGGAUCCAUUACAGUGGUUGUGGAGGACGUCGUGAUGAAUGGAGAAGAGCCAACUUCGCCGGAUGUCCCCAAACAGUCCAUGGAUGCAGAGGAGGAUAUGGAGAGUUUGCUGCCGCCUGAAGAAGUGCAAGCAAUCAAGGAAGCGAUGGGAAGUCUGGAACUGGAGAACGCCGUGCAAGAGCUCCUUGAACGCAAUCAACGGGCCCUUGUAAGGUUAAAAGAGUUGCAACGGAGGCGUUUCAGUCAGGGCGGUGCCAACUUCUCCGCUGUCGAAGAGGGAUCUGAAGAGUGGGAGACAGCCCAAUGUAUUAUGGACUCAUUGGCAACCUUGGCUUCCCUCCGACCUCGUUCGUCUGAUUCAGAUGGUGCACCUCUCAUUCCGCCACCCUCGGUCCUCAGAAGACUUCAACGUUCGCUGGCACUGGAACCGACGGCAGGAUGGUAUGGCAACUUACCAGCCGCAAAAGCAACGGCACUGCACGACGACUCAACCAUCAAGGUUAAAUCGCCCACAGUUGCGCCUGCGACAUCUGCUCCCACUCCUGCCCCUGCCGCCCCUGCGGCAACAACAACUGCGCCGCCAGCAGCCCCUGCGGCCUACUCCAGCUACGGUUACAACUACGGUGCCCAGCAGCAGCAAGCUUACAGACCUGCGGCUGCCUAUUCCACAUUCAAGCCAGGCCAGACUUCUGGGUAUUAUCAGUACGGUGUUGCUAACAACGCGACGCAGCAGUCGUACUACAACCAGUCAUAUGCUGGGGGUUCCAACCAGCAGCCGUAUGGAUCCACUGCUCAGACUUACCCUGCAUAUCAAGGCUGGUACACGCAACCUUUCCAAUCACAAGGUACAGCACCUGCCAAGACAGGGACGCCAACACCAGCCGCGACUACGUCAGCCUAUGGGGCAUUCUACAAUCCGGGUGCAACUGUAAACGGAACCCCAAGGCCAGCAGUCGUUGCCAAUACGGUCGCGAGUAACAAAGCAACACCAGUCGCCCAGCCCAUGCAGCCUGCAGGAACCUGGUCGGGCUAUCAGCCUCAGGGAGUUGCGCCGACGCUUCCUUCACAUCUUAGAACAAAUCAGCCGUAUCAAAACCAGUUUUACCAAGCGUAUCAAGCGCAGACUGCGACGCCGCCCGCACGAUAA